AUGGCCACGACGAAUCGUUCAGCACUCAUCACGAAGUUGCAAAAGGUAUUGCGUAAGCACUACAAGCCCGUCGCUCCGGUAGAGCGUCCGGUUCUCGAGCAACUGUUGUUUGCCUGCCUGUUGGAGAACUCGCAUCACGAGCCGGCCGAAGAAGCUUUGGCCGCGGUGACCGACGCGUUCUACGACUUGAACGAAAUACGGGUGAGCACCUCUCAGGAGUUAGCCCAAGUCUUCCCGCGACUGCCUCAGGCCGAGACCGCGGCCCGUCGGUUGCGGCAGGUUUUGCAGAACGUGUUUGAGUCGAGCUACACGUUCGACCUGGAAAACUUGAAGAAGAUGAAGCUUGGUCAGGCAACCCAGCACCUAGAGAAGAAGGCCAAAGCCUCGCCGUUUGCCGUGGCGUAUGUAACGCAGGUGAGCCUGGGCGGGCACGCGAUUCCGAUGGACUCGGGAACGCUCGGUGCUCUAGAAGUGUUGGAUCUGGUCGAAGGGAAGACCGAGAAAGAUCGAACGGUGCCCGGCAUCAUUCGGGCCGUGCCGAAGACCAAGGGGGUCGAAUUCUCCUCGAUGCUGCAUCAACUGGGGGCCGACUUCUUUAAGAGCCCUUACUCGCCCGCGGUUCACAAGAUUCUGCUGGAAGUCUCGCCCGAGGCGAAGGCGAAUUUGCCUAAGCGAACUCGCAAGAAGGCCGAGCCCGAGGAAGCCCCGAAAAAGAAGAAGUCGAAAGCCAAGGCCGCUGAAGAGAAGCAGCCUGCGAAGAAGAAAGCCGCCAAGACCAAGACUGCUAAGGCGAAGACUUCGGUUGCGACCAAGAAAGCCGCUAAGAAGAAGGCACGCCGUACGGAGGCGGCACGGAGCAGGCCCACCAGUAGGGAGACCACGGACGUGCUCACGGAUGACCGGCAGCCAGCGACGUUGACCUCCACCAUAGUUAGCCCCAGGGAAGUAACACCCAGGGCAGGGGCCACCGCGCGAUUCUUGGCCCCCAGCUUACGGCAAGUCCCGCCUACGCUUGCCACGGGGUUGCGAGCGGUCGUAAGCGAGCCUUCCAGAACCAUUCCAAUGAGAAGAGCGUUUGCCAUGUUGUGUCUCGGACGCGUCGGUGCGGGGUUGGCGAUUAUCACGCUUUCGCUGGGAGCUUUCCUCAGUGGUUCCCCGGCACUGGGGGGCGACGCUCCCGAUGAUGCGGCAACUCGGCCUGAGUCCACUGAGCAAGCUGAGCGGCAGGACACGGUUGAGGACAUUUUCGACGGCCUGCCCGAGAAGCUGACGCCGAAGAAUCCGCCGACGCAGGCAGAACGCGAUCAGCUUGAAGCGAUCACUCUUUUUUCAGCCGCGCGUAUGCAUCAGCAGCGGCAAGACUUUCCGGAGGCCCUGCGGCUUUAUCAGCGAGCCCUCCGUUACGAUCCCGACGCCUUACCGGUGCUCGAGCAGAUUGUGACGUUGGCUUUCGAGCUGGAACGUACCUCGGAGGCCAUUCGCUAUGCGUUGAUGGCGGCCGAGUUGCAGCCGGGCCGCCCCGAGCUGCUGAGACAGUUGGGCCUGCACCUGUUCGGCAACGAUGAUGUCGAUGGUGCGGUUCGUCUGUAUGAGAAAGCUCUGGCUUUGCCUCAACUGAAAGAAUCGUCUUCGGGGCGCAUUCAAUUGUUGGCCGAAAUCGGGCAGAUGUAUUCCGACCUCGAUCAAUACGAGGAUGCGGCCGAGGCUUACGCCAGCGUGCAAGAGUUCCUCGAACUGCCGGCCGAAGACGAAGCCGGUGAACGGUUUCACGACUCACUGUUGAAGCGAUUUGGUGGUGCCGAUGUGGCGUACCGGCAAUUCGCCGAGGCCUACCUGGCGGCCGAACGUUACGACGAAGCGGUUGAUGCGUUCGAGAAGUCGAACAUCGCCGAACCGAAUCGCGCUCAACUGGCGUAUAACGUCGCGCGGGUUCAGCUCCGCAGUGGCGAGGCCGACGAGGCACUGGACACCCUGCAAUCUUAUUUCGAUGAGAAAGCCAGCGACUUGGGUCAAGCGCCUUACGAGUUGCUCGCCGAGAUCUUCGCCGAACAAGACCGCACCGAUGAGCUGCUUGGUCGCUUGGAGGAACUUCAGGAAGAGGAUGCGGAGAACGAACCGUUGACGACCUUCCUUGCUGAGCAACUGGUCGAGGAUGAAGCGUUCGAACGUGCGACGGAACUUUACGAAGGGCUGUUGACCGAGUCGGGCUCGUUGGAUGCACGGCGAGGGUUGAUUGAGAUCGACCGCACUCGCGAAGAUGCCUCCGCAUUGCUGCGGCACAUGGGGCUUGCCGCCGACAGUGAUGAUGAGGCCGAAAAGCUUCCGGCCGAUCCGCGCACCUGGCUGGGGGAUGAGGCCGACGCUUUGGUUGAGAACGAAGAACUUCUCAAUGCGCUUGCUGAGCAAAUUGCCGAGCCCACUGAGGACGAAGCUCUAAACCAGCGACGCAGCAUGAACCUCGCCUGGCUCUUGUUGGCGGCCGGGCAAACCGAGAAGGCCGAAGAGUUGUUCAAGGCUGGGCUCGAUGAGUCGGACGAACAGGCGGUGGCAUUGUUGAGGGAGUGGGGCCUGGAACUCCUCAACGAGGAGCAGUACGAGGGUGCUGUUCGCUGGUUGCAGCGCGCGAUUGAUGUCGCGGGCGUGGAUGAUAGUAAGCCUCCCUUCGAACACUACUACCUGGCCGGUGCGCUGGAAAUGGCCGACCAGACCGAUGAGGCGUUGAAGGUCGCUCGCGAGGGCGUGCGUCGGGCAGAAGCGUUUCCCGAGUGGGUGCCCACAUUCCAAAGCCGCGUGGCCUGGGUGGCUUACCAUGCUCAACGCUACGAGCUGGCCGAAGAGUUGUACUUGGGGUUGAUCGAAGAGUACGACGACGAACCCGGCUCGCCCGAGGUGCGUGAUGUGCUUCGCAACGCCCGACUGGUGCUGUCGAACUUGGAUUCGAUUCGCGGGAAUCUCCCCCGGGCGAAAGAAUGGCUCGAGCAGGUGCUGGAUGAAUUCCCAGAGGAUAUUUCGGCCCAGAACGACUUGGGAUAUCUAUGGGCCGACGAGGGGAUCAAUCUCGAGCGGGCGUUGGACAUGAUUCAAAACGCGGUGGAGGCCGAGCCCGACAAUCCGGCGUAUCGCGAUAGCCUGGGCUGGGUGCUGUACCGACUUGGUCGCUACGACGAAGCCCUGGUCGAGAUGAAGAAGGCCGCUGAGACGGAAGAGCCCGACGGCGUGAUUCUCGAUCACUUGGGCGAUGUGUAUCUGGAGCUUGGUCAGGUCGACGAGGCCCGUGAUGCCUGGCAGCAAGCGCUCGAGCUGUUCGAGCCGGAGCACCAUGCCGACUUCAUUGCGAAGACGGAAGAAAAGCUGGCCGCUCACCCUCCUCCUAGUGGUGAAGCGAAACCCUGA